AUGAAUGAGCCGAAGAAGGUGUGGCCUGUGCAGUUCGAUCCACGGGACAACUAUCGACGGUUCUGGCCCCGAGCUGGGGUGGGUCUUUCCGUAGGCUGCUUCGUGGGAGCUGGCUACGGGGUUUGCUUCGGCCUGGGGAGGCCUUACCGUUUUCGGAGGCAGCAGUGCGUUGUGGUGCCUUCUCUUGAACCAUUUGCACAAGAUGGGCUUGUUGUUGGGUGUUUUUGUGGAGUUGCAUUCGGGAUAGGGUUUGGAUCGGGUGUAGCGCGAGGUAUCGGUUUUGCAUGGACACGAAAGGACCUGCUCAACUUUCGGUUGCGAAGCAUAGACUACCCGUUAUCACUAGAAACCAGCGACCUGGAAACGGAUAGGCUCUCCUCCGACUUACUGAACACCAAUCAGGCGUUUAACGUUGCGACGGCGCACCAGUCUGUGCCUGCGUUUCUGCGGUUGGCUGUAGCGCAAUGGCUCAAACAACACCGAGCAGAGAACUAG